AUGAUGGAGAAAAUACCGUGGCUGCGGCACGCCGACGCGUUUUCCUCGCUCAGCCUGCACGAGGGCUGCGACGAUGACGUGGUGCGGGUGGACUGGAUGGACGAGGAGCACUUUUCUAUUGUGACACCCCACAAGCGGCGCCGCUUGCCGUCUUCCCCGUGCCGCGUCCGCGACGGCGCGAGGGAAGUGUGGUCCCCGGAGGCGCAUGGGGCGACGCCCGCGGCGGGCCAAGGCGAUGGGGAGGCUGUGCCCCAGGCACUUGCUGCGCCUUCGGUCCACCUGGCGGGCGCCGUGGAGGGUGUUGCGCAGGUGGAGGCCAAACCGAUAGCGGAGGAGGAGGAGGGGGAGGGGGCGCGGCAGACUGGCGGCGUCGGGCGUUGCCAGGGCCUCUCCACCGAGGCGCUGGAGGCGUUGCUGCGCAAGAAGAUCAUGGCGAGCCACGUCCACCGGCAGUGGCGGCUCAGGGCGAUGCGUGAGGCGCACGCCGCGCGUGAGGAGGAGAACUCAAGGCUGCGGGCGGAGCUGAACGAGCUGUACGCCAAGUCCUUCUCUGAGAAGCGGCGGAAAUUGACUGCGCACGGAGAAGACUCGGAGACGAGCGCCACGGGGGAGCUCCCGGAGGCGUUUGCGUCGACGCAGCGCCCACGCCCUAUCGCCGCGGCUGCGGUGGAGGCGGCGGCCUCGUCUCGCGAGGGCGAGUUUGCCGCGACCGCCGGGUUCGCCUGCACCCUGGCCCGCCUGACUGCCUCUGCCCGCCCUCCAAUGGCGGGCCACCGCGGAGGGAACCCGACCCUCCUCGCGAAUGAAGUGGUGCGCAUCGCGCUGGACGCGGCUGCCGUGGCGGAGCGCUGCGCGAAGUGGACGAUGCGGCCACCGACGCGCCUGGACUUCAGCAAGCCGCCGGUGGACGAGGUUGACCGCCGCAGCACCUCCUCCGUGGCGGACACGGAGCGGGGCAUCAACACGGAGGUGUAUGACACGCCGGUAACGCUUCGCAUUGUACCGAAUGAGGCGUGCGUCGCACGAGACCACGCGUCCCCACCGCCAACGGAAGCCGACGGGGCCGCAGGGGCACUGCUGCUCCCCAUGACGGUGGCACUGAAGCCUAUCAGCCGGCGCACGCGACUGGACGGUAUUGUGUGGCGGGUAAAGUCGGCCCUGAAGUCCUACGGCCUUGAUCACGCACUCCUCUUUCCGCUUGACAUUGACGACGCGGAAGAGGUGGACGCGGAGGAGCUCGGACUUCGCUACAUCGACUGCGUGGGCGACGUUAUUGUGAUUUCGGAGGCCUCGGAGUGGUCCUACGUUAGACGCGACUGGUACCGGCGCAAAAAACUGCCCUGGAUGCCGCUGUACAUGGUCGUGCAGUAG